CAACGUCCCUUGAUAUGGUAGUUCACUUCACAACGUUGUCACCAUUGGUCGUCAUCACGGAAGUCUUGAGGGUGAGAAUUCGGAAUUCUGAAUACCAGAAUAGCUGGUGCACAGGUUACGUCUCGUCGGUCCGACGUCGUCCAGUGUGCGAAAGCAGUAAUUAAAUCGUUUUUCAAAGUAUUCUUCGCUGGGCGGGAAGUCGCCAUGUCGAGCAAACACUUGGCUAAAGGUUCUGUCGAACCACCUGCCGUUCCAAAUUCUUUGCGUUUUUACUCUAUGCGCUUCUGCCCGUACGUCCAGAGGGUUAAGUUAGUGCUGAAUGCUAAGGGCACGCCCCAUGAUACUGUAUUUAUUGAUUUGUCCGACAAGCCCGAAUGGUACUUGGAAAAAUACCCGGCAGGCAAAGUACCAGCAUUGAACUAUGAUGGUAAAUUUUUAUCUGAGAGUCUGCUGUUGGCUGAUUUCCUUGACGAAAUAUACCCAGAACCACCUUUGUGGAAUAGUCCUUUACAAAAGAUUUUAGACAAAAUAUUCAUUGAAUCUUUUGGAAAAGUUGGAUCAUUAUUUUAUAAGUUAAUUAUGACUACAACUGAAGUAGAAAAAGCAAAUUUUGAUGAACUGGUUGUUAGUUUAAAAUCUGUUGAAGAUGAACUUGCACAAAGAGGAACUAAAUUUUUUGGAGGCACCAGUCCUAAAAUGGUUGAUUACAUGAUAUGGCCUUGGUUUGAGCGUUUGGAUGCCAUAGAACCUUAUACUAAAGGGAAAUAUGCUAUUCCAUUUAAUGAACAAUUGAAACAUUUGGCUAAAUGGAAAGCUUCUAUGAUAUCUGAUAAGGCUGUAGCAUCAUAUUAUGUCACUCCAGAAAAGCAUGCUGAACAUUUUACUAAAAGAAAAGCUGGAUUACCCGCUUUUGACAUUUUAAAUGAAUAAUGCUUUUAAUACUUUGUUAAGUAAUUUUUUUUUUUUUUAUACUGUUUAGUUUCCGAGUAUUUGAGAUUAUACGAUUAAAUCUAAUAAUUUUUAUUA